AUGGAGCUCUUUAGAGCAGGGCAGAGGUGUUUGGAUCUGACGCAGGGCGGCAAUAUGGUUUCUGAAUUUCUGGUUAGAACUGCACAGAAAGGUUUGAUAACUUCUAAAAAUUUGAUGCCCGUGGCAGCGGCUAGGGCGGCCCGCUGGGGCCCAGCGGCCUCGGCACCGCCUUCGAUCGGGUCCCACGGCUCAGGCCUUGGCGCCCUGCCACCCCGCACAGGCUCCACCCCGGAAAGGAUUUUUAGAGUAGCCAUCUUCUCAGUGAAGUGUGGGCUGGAAGAUGGCAUGUCCUCCAACAGUGUGCCCCGAUCGACAGCCCCAAGUGGAAUAUCCAACCCAGAGAAGAAGAUGAGCUGUGGGACCCAGUGCCCAAAUCCCCAGCGCCUCAGCUCAGGCCCCCUGACCCAGAAACAGAAUGGCCUCCGGACCACAGAGGCUAAAAGAGACACUAAGCGAACGUCUGGAAAAGAAGUCACCAUUAGCGUCGCAGACAGCAUCCGACAGGUGGGCAGAAGUCGAAGAAUCACAAAGAACUGCGUCAACUAG